UUAUUUAUCUGAAGGAUCAUAAUGAUCCCAUACUGUAUCAGCUGCCAGGAGACGCACAUACGGUUAUUUUGGGUCUGUCAAUAUUUUAUUGGUCAUUAGGCAGCUGGGAAAGGCGCGGAAUAGCCUACUGUACGACUGCAGCUCUUGUUUAAGAGGCUAACAGCUAUAUCUAUAAUAUGGGGGGAGGGGGGGUUCGGUGUAAUAUAGAAAAAUGUGCAAUAAAUAGGCUAUGAUGUAGGCCUAUAUUAUUGUUUAGACAUGUUGUUUGCAUGUACGUCUUUAACAUGUGCAAGCUAAAACGCACCUAUCAAUAUAUCAAUGUCAAGUGUUUGCUACUUUUAACGAUUACUAUUUUAAUAGCUACUGAGUAGCCUAACUGUUUUCUAAUGGAAUAAAUACCAUUAUUUAGGAUACAGCAUAGCUAUUUUGCUGGGAGAAAUAGCAGAGAAUCACGUUAGGCCACCGUGGUGCGUUUGCUGUCUAAUGUCUUUCUAUCACGAAGAUGGUGAGAGUCAGUGAGGAAAAAGCUGUGGUAGUAUCCGAGGCAACAUGCCUGCUAUGGCGACCAUGAAGGGUAGCUAUACUCAUUAGGAGGAAAACCAAAACAUUAUUAGGCUCCAAUCCUUCCAAAACCCAUUAGUUUGUAGCCAUAUCUAUGAUUAAACAGAGACGCAUUUUAAGAAGAGAGAUGUAAAGAAAUCCGAUUUUAAAACGCCUCCUCCUUUUAGUGUUAGGCUAUGGGUGGACCAUUUGUUAUAUAGUUUAAAUGCUUUAUUUUUUUUUACUUACAUAGGCUACUAUUCUGUAUAGGCUAUGUAAUGCAAUACUCAGGCCUUAGAAACCAUAUUUUUCACAUCAAACCGUGUCAUAUCAAACAAUGAUUUCCCUUUAUUUAAAUUUCAGUUGUUCACCUUUCAAUUUAAUGUUGUAACCUCAUAAAAAAUGUCAUUGCAUUUAUGAUAACUGCCACCAUGCUAGAGUGUGGAUUCUUCAUUGACUUUGAUAACUUGCCCUUGUUUGACACACAAUAAUUCAGGGAAUUGUUAUAAAUACUAUAUUGUAAAGAGCAAGUACAGUAAUAGCAUACUGUGUUAGAAAAGUUGUUAAGAAAUAUAUACACAAUGCCAUGGACUAAUCUGCAACACUUAACAUUAUGCAUCUGAUUACACCUGUGUAAUAACGCUAUUAUUACCAUAUUAAUAUUGUAUAAACAUGUUGUAGCCUUGUAGCCAUGUAGCCUAGUAAUUACAGUGUUACUGCACAUGUACAAGAGCAGCCUUUGUAUCACCAGGUCACUCUAGCUGUUCUACCCUCCAUAGCAUUUACUCUAUUAUGAACCGUAUUGUACAGUACACUGCCUUGCCUGUAUCACUUCCCAGUGGUUUUAUUGCAUGGGAUGUAGGGCCGUUUUCCAAGACACAGAUUAAGUCUAGUCCUGGCCUAAAAACCCCUUUCAUAGAGAAUCUCCAUUGAGUCUGCCUUUUAGUCUAGGUUUUAGGGUCAGGGAAAGAGCCCCAUAAUGUUCAAAAUGUUAUUUUUGGUUGCAGUUAAUGGAGUGGUCGGUCUGCCAGCACACUCAGAGGAGAACAAUAAUACGCUGAUUUAAAAGCUCCUGUGUUUAUUUUUGGACGCCUAUGCUCCACUGGCUGAGUCACUUUCACUUCUUGCGUCAGUUGAUUAAAAGCAUUUCUUAAUUGGCUGUAGUGUCACUUAUGUGUGAUUGCUGAUUUACAAUCAGAUGAAGAGGCCUACUGUUAAACUAAACCUAUGUUGUUGUGUUGCUUCUUUAAGUAAUGAGUUUUUUCCUGGAUUGGUGGCUUAAGUUGAAAGCAUACUUGGAUCAAUUCCCCAAUAACAGUAAGGAGAAAGAAGAGAGGGCAUUAUCAUCCCCACUGUAGCUAUAGUGACUGGGAACCAACAGCCUACAGAGAUGUAACUUGUCUGAGUACAGGGUUAAACUGGAAGGUGAAAAACAAUCAACUUUCAAUGGGUCAAUUUAGAGGGGUACACAGAUAGUGGUUUGGAAUAGCAGUCCUGAAAUUUGCUCCAUUGUUUGUGGACCUUGACAGAACUACCGUGGAAAAUAACCGUUUCAAUCAGGAGGUGUGCUCACACAAAGCUCCUUAAAUUGAUAGUAAUCUCUGUGUGUUCAUGGUGCCUGACUAACUGCCCCCUGUAACACCCUCCUGCUCUCAUCUCCUCCUCUCACAUCCUGAGACUGACUGCCUGAUCCAAAGCUACAGCAUUGGUCCACCAGACUGGAGCAUGGACACGAUACACAAAGCUUUUCUCAAUCCUCUGAAGUCUCAGCCAAAGCUUGUAUCCACUGUUCACUUUUCUUGAUCUCAAGGCACAUUUAUUCCCUUUUGCGUUCAGUUUUUAGUUGUUUGGUUUAUGGAUAUUAAGCAUUUCAACUCAAUAUUAUUGGCAUUAAAUUGGCUCCAUAUAUAACACUACCUCAGGAAUUGGUAAAAGGCCUAUCUCAAUAGGUACGGGCUUUUUCAUAUUGCUCAGACUGUUCUGCAGCUUUGGUAUUUCAUGAGGACAGUCUGUUGAUAUGCUGUGACGGGGUCAUAUCAGGGUAUAUUUUCCUGUCCAUGUAGUUUCCCUGUAUACACUGCAGCCAGGUGAUGUCAGCCUCGAUAGUCGUCAGUCGUGCCAUAUGCAACUGAACAAUCAGUAAAGAUGUUAAUGACGGUUUCUAUGGACACGGGUGCACAGGCAUGCAUGGGAAGACCUUUUCCGAGGCCUUGGUGAGCUAAUGAUUGCAAUAUUUGAUUUGGUUUCCCUCUAUUCUAAGUAUUUCUAGUCAGGCCGAUGGGUUAAGUUAUUUGGAGUGUGUGACUCCAUUUCCACAAAGAUAAUAACUUUAAACUUAUGGACUGCAUCCCAAAUGGCACUCUAUUUUAAGGGAAUACAGUGCCAUUUGGGAAGUGGACUUGGACUCUUGUUUGUUAGAGAGAUAACAGGUUGAAAGGGUUAUGCUGCUUGGCAGCGUUUAAGCCAGGGUAAGGACAGUGCUCUUUGCACACAGGGUGAAGUUGAUUGAAAAAUCCAUCCCCUAUUACCAGUUGUUAUUUGUCUGGUGUUCCGCCCACAACCUAUUUCACACUCCACAGGCAUAUGGCCAUAAAACCCACAGAGCAAAGCUCAGAAGGACACAAAUACCCAAUUCACAUUGGUUUCUAUGUUUCUAUGUGUUGCUCUGUUUGUAAUACGUUAUUUGGCAUGUUAAAGAUUCACUCUCAAACUUUUGUAUAAUUUCAGCCAGUAGUUUUGAAAGUGGUGUUCACGAGCCAAAACAGAUCCCCGUUGUUUGUAUACUACGUCAUCCAAUUUGUGUGAUAUUGUAAUGAACGUCGUCGGGAGAAGGAGAAGAGGACCAAGGUGCAGCGUGGUUGUCUGUUUGAGAAGGAGUUAUGCACACCAUACGAGAUCUGUGUCAACGAUGGAAUGUUCGGGAGGUGUCAAUCCACACCCGUUCCGGUAGCAGAGGUGUAUACGUAUGAUGUGUCUCCAUCUGUGGUUCAGCGCUUCAGGACUCUACUGCAGAAACUCACCCACAGAGGUUUGACCUGGGAGGAUGAGACCGCCCAGCAGAUCCUGUCCAAGGAGCUGUCUAAGCUGAGGAAGAUCCCCUACAGACGCCUACAGGACUCCAGCCCCCCUGUCUACAGCAGCAGCAAAUCCAGGCCCUCUACCCAGGCUAUGGACCCAGGAGACCGGAGGAUCAAGCCAGUGGAGGUGGAGCUCAGUAGAAACCUCCAGAACUACCUGCAACGUCUGGGCCUCCUUCCCCAGGCCGCCUCCCCCGCCAGACCCAAGAGCCCCAGUAAGAGUGACCGUUACCCAUCUGGGGUCUCCUCUGACUACUACUGGCCAAAGUCCCAGGGAGAGGGAAACUUCUCCCCACUGACGUCCUUCCAGCCUCCCUACCAGGACAGAUCUUCUGCGGGGGAUGGAGACCUCCUUGUGGCUGCUCUCAGACACUAUCUGUCUGGGCAGGUACCAUCUCAGACCGGGGUGUCCACCAAGGGCCCGGUCCUGCCCUCCCUUCGCCUACGCCCCUCCUACAGCAACAGUAUAGACAGUACUGGGCCUAAAGAGACCUCUCAAUCUCAAACACCUAACCUGGACAGACCUCUACUCCUCCAGACAGCUGGAGCCAGCCAACCCUCUGCUCCCAAGGACCCUCUCAGUACAGUGGAUGAGGUGUUCAUCCAGAAGGUUCUGAAGAAUGUGGGCAGACACAACGUGGACGUGGACGACCUGAGUCCUACAGACCUGGACCAACUCUCUACGCUGAUCACUGACGCCCUACAGGUAGUGGAUCAAGAACAUACCCACGCCCAGUCCAGAGCAGGACCCAGAGACCUGGGGGAGGAAGGGAACGAGGGGCCUGGAGAAGAAGGGCCUGGGGAACAGGAGGAGAAGGAGGAGAGUGUCCCUCCAUCCACCACAGAGAAAACGGCUCCGGAGAGCACUCCAGUAGAGGAGGCUGUGGUCCAAGAGCGACAAAUGGAGGGAGACAGAGAGCCAGCAGACUCCAAUGACAAGCCCCAAGAUGCCGGCAGCUUAUUUGGCAAGCUGCUGGUGUACCUGGAUAAGAUUGAGUCCCCAGCCCAGAGAGAGCCCCCAGGCUGGGCUGGUGUGGGUGCAGGGCUGGGUGAGGGGAGAGGUGUUGGUCUGGAGAACGUACAUAGUAGGACCACUCAGGCUGAGGUGGCAGUGCAGAAGAAGUCGACCCACUCGACGGACAUGGAGGAGGUGGCUGCCGUGGAGGGCUGGAUCCAGGCAAUGGAGCCUCCUGCUGCCAAGGUGGUCUACCAGGAGCCCCAUAAGAAGAAAGUGAACGUCCAGGAGCUGCAGCUAGAUGUCAAAGCUGCUGUGGACACGAAGAAGACUGAUGAUGACUACGGUUAUGUCAUCACCGACACUGAUGCAUUGCAGACUGAUGAGGGCCUCCACUUGAUGGAGAUUCUGACACGACGCGCCAAGCUGCAGAUGACUGACUUCCUGGAGCUCUCAGUGGUAGGCCCAGCUGUGACCUUCAGAGUGCGACCUAAUGCCCAGAACGUCAGCACCGCAGAUGUGGCCAAUGUAGCAGGUAGGUCAGAGCUUUUCUGACAGAUAAAUGUGAUGUAAUGUAUGAAGAAUUUCAUUCGAAAACGCUAUAUAUACAAUUUCAGAAAUGUUGGUAAAUAUGCUUUUUUGUUUAAAGAACUUAUAAAAGAGAUUGGUGUUAAAUGACAGAAAUGUAUUGAUUUGAAACCUAUCACUAGAUAGUUUCAUUUCAGAGAGACAAACAAUCACAUUUUGUUGCAAAACAAGAUAUAUCCGCCUAACUCUCAGAGAAAAUAGUAACACUUUUAUUUUUUUAUUUAACUACCAAUUUAGUUUAGAACAAAUUCUUAUUUACAAUGAUGGCCUACCCCGGCGCAACCCGGAUGAUGCUGGGC